UUGGUUAAUUUUUGUAAAAUAAAUUUCUUAAACGAGUUCCCACCUUUCACUUUAUUAUACCUCGUGAUUUUAGCCGUGGUACACGAACACAUCGCGAUCGGCUCUGAAAGCGAUAGUCAAGAUGCUUCACCGUCAUUCCAUAGCUCUGAGUUCGUGCCGUACAACGGCGCGGUUAAAAUGCGUGCGAAAAAGAACGAAAGGAAGUGGACUGAGCGCGAUAUACAGAAACGGCUGUCGCUGCCCGCCGACUUGCGUCUUCCCGUAAGCGUGGUCGAGAAGCUGAAUGCCACACCGAAUCUGAACAAACCUCUGACCCGGAAGAACCGACGAGCUUCGUUGUCAGAGAUCGGCUUUGGUAAGCUUGAAUCAUACCAGAAACUAGAGAAGCUCGGGGAAGGUACUUACGCUACAGUGUACAAAGGCAGGUCGCGGCUCACCGAAAAAUUGGUGGCACUGAAGGAGAUUCGGCUCGAACAGGAAGAGGGUGCGCCGUGUACAGCCAUUCGCGAAGUGUCGUUGCUGAAGGACCUGCGCCACGCGAACGUCGUUACGUUGCACGACAUCAUCUACACGGAAAGAGCUUUAACCCUAGUGUUCGAAUAUUUGGUACGUUAG